GCACAGAAUCCUGGAUCUUCCAUCGGCAGCGCGGAGCUUAUCGCGUCACGAUGGACCCUGCGGAGCUGGCGCAAGUGCUGGAGGAGCAGCGGAAUGAACACCUGGCGCGCUUGACGGAGGCCAUGGAGGAGCUGCAGGUCUUCAUCCAGGCGCAAUUCAAUUCCUCCAGCAGCCUGCUCAUCCGGGAGUUCAAUCGGACCCGAGGAAAUAGCGUGGUCCACAAGGAACGUUGCUCGGAGCGCCCCUCGACGGUCGCCUCGGUGGCCGCCUCCGAGCGUCGGAGCGUCGGCGAGCUGCGCCGCAGCGAGCUGCCGGAGCUGGUCUCGGUGCACCUGGACGAGGAAGACGAGAAUGAGCAGCCUGAAGAAGAGGAAGAGGAGGAAGAGGAGGUCGAAGAAGAUGAAGAGGAUGUGCUGGGGCAGGUCCGCGAAAGCGGCGUGUCGCACACCACCUCGAUGACACUGAUGAGGACCAUCAAUACCGAUGCCAUCCCAGUGGUCGAAGCGACCUCCUCGCAAUCACAGCGGAACACCGCGCGGUUCACCUUCGUGCGCGGCAAAGCGGCCAAGUACCAGGAGCGGGCCACAAAGGCAGCGAUGCAGCGCAUCACGGAGAGCGCCGUGAAUCUCGCCAGCCGCGCCAGCCGCUAUAACGUCCAAGUGGAGGAGUCGAACACAUGGGCACCACGGGUUUACGCCUGGGUCACCUCGCGGCGGUUCAUGUUUGCCAUGAUGUCCAUCAUCUUCCUGAAUUUGAUUCUGCUGGGCAUUGAGGUGGAAGUCUCUGCAUACCUGCCGUUGAGGGAGGUGCCCACCUUCUUCUUCGUGGCCAAUAUCAUCAUCGUUUGUAUAUACACCCUAGAGAUGUCUUUGAAGCUCAUCGCCUUCGGAGUGACCGGCUUCUUCUUUGGACCGGAACGAUUGUGGAAUAUCUUUGAUUUUGCCAUCAUCACCCUGGCUUUGGUCGAGACGAUUGGCGACGUGGUCGCCACCGCAGCGUCGUCGUACCUGGAGAUGGAUUCCAGCUUCUUCCGGAUCUUGCGCUUCGUCCGCUUGGGCCGCGCCUUGCGGGGCAUCCGCGUCAUCCGCUUGAUCCACUACGUGGGAGCGCUCCGGACCCUGGUGUUCGCGAUCCUCAGCACGGCGGCGUCCCUCUUUUGGACGCUGGUGCUUCUGGUCUUGGUCUUCUACAUCUUUGGAAUCAUGUUUGCCCAGAUCGUCACGGACCAUUGCCGUCAUGGAGAUUACAUGUCCGUGCCGAAGUGCCACGACAACGGCUUGACCACGUAUUGGUUUGGAGUGAUCGAAAGCAUGCUGACACUCUUCAUGGUGGUCUCUGGUGGUGUCAACUGGGAGGACAUCAUCCGUCCGCUGCGCCCCGUCUCGGCCUUUGCCGUGGCCUGUUUGAUCUUGUACAUCGUCAUCUCGGUCUUCACCAUCUUAAAUGUCGUCACGGGAGUCUUCUGCAACACAGCCAUUGAAAGUGCGCACGCUGACCGCGACAUUGCCAUCAUGAAGCAGCUUCUCAAGCAGAAAAAACAGGUGGCGUCCUUGCGCGAGGUCUUCAAGGAGAUCGAUACCGAUCAAACCGACUCGGUGAACAUUUUGGACCUCAAGGCUGCCAUGGAAGGGCGCAAGUUAGCGUCCUUCAUGGAGUCCUUAGGCAUCUCCACCGAGGAUGUUUGGACGCUCUUCAUGAUCAUCGAUCAAGAUGAAAGUGGGGAGAUUACGUUGGAUGAGUUCGUCUCGGGGUGCAUGCAGCUGCACGGCCCGGCGAAGAGCUUGCAAAUGGCCAAGAUGAGCUACGAGAACAAGGUGACCCGGCAAGAGAUCAAGCGCCUCAACGCUUGCGUGACUGUGAUUAUGAAGUACUUUGAUUUGGAGCUGGAUUGCCGUGGCUCCUCGCGGAGCACCAAAGACCUCUCGUGAGACGUCGACACGCUCCUCUCAGCUGAAGACAUGAGGCUCAGCGCGGCGGCAAGGUGGCGUCGAACAGGUGUGAAGAGAAGUUGCACAGGUGGCACGGUGGGAUCCUCCGGUUUUGGGGCAAAGGCCCAAAUCGGAGAGGAGGCAGAUGAAGAGUGAGGUGAAAGUUGGGAA